CAUUUGGUCUCUGCACUCGGCAGAAAUACCCUAAACCCUCUGCAGACCAGUGUGUGGUAGAACUGCUGUCAUGUUACCUGAGAAGUGGGCAUUGGCAGUUCUGCUGCUACAACUCUGGAGUGCCGGCUGUGGAUUCUGUGGGAAGGUCCUCGUGUGGCCCUGUGACAUGAGCCAUUGGCUUAACAUAAAGGUCAUUCUGGAAGAACUCACAGAGAGAGGACAUGAGGUAACAGUGUUGACUUUUCCACAUACUAAGCUCAUUGAUUCCAGGAAACCUUCCACCCUGAACUUUGAGGUAUUGCCUUCAGAAGUUCAGAAAGAAUCAGUGGAGAAUGUAAAUGACAAAUUUCUGGACCUAAUUCUUAAUGUCUUACCAAACUUAGAACCCUGGCAAUCAACGAUAAAAUUGAAUGAUUUUUUUACUGAAACAACUGAAAUUUUAAAAAUCAUGUGUGAGGGUGCAAUCUAUAAUAAGACGUUCAUGAAGAAGCUCCAGGAGACCCACUAUGACUUGAUGCUUAUAGACCCUGUGAUGCCCUGUGGAGAGCUGAUUGCCGAAUUACUCCAAGUCCCUUUCGUGCUCACAUUGAGAGUAUCUAUAGGAGGCAUGAAGGAGAAACACUGUGGGAAACUCCCAGCUCCACCUUCCUAUGUUCCUGUUCAGAUGGUGGCACUAACAGAUCGGAUGACCUUUCUGGAAAGAGUGAAAAACACAAUGCUUUCAGUUUUCUUUGACUUCUGGAUCCGGGAUUACGACACUCAUUUUUGGGACCAGUUUUAUAGCAAGGCAUUAGGAAGACCCACUACAUUAUGUGAGACUUUGGGAAAAGCUGAAAUUUGGCUAAUUCGAACAUAUUGGGAUUUCGAAUUUCCUCGUCCACACCUACCUAAUUUUGAAUUUGUUGGAGGGUUGCACUGCAAACCUACCAAACCUUUACCUGAGGAAAUAGAAAAAUUUGUUCAGAACUCAGGUGAAGAUGGUAUUGUGGUGUUUUCUUUGGGUUCAGUCAUCCACUAUAUGACAGAAGAAAAGGCCAAUCUUAUUGCCUCAGCCCUUGCCCAGAUUCCACAGAAGGUUUUAUGGAGAUACAGUGGAAAGAAACCAGCUACAUUAGGAGCGAAUACUCAGCUCUAUGACUGGAUACCCCAGAAUGAUCUUCUUGGUCAUCCCAAAACCAAAGCUUUUAUCACUCAUGGUGGAAUAAAUGGGAUCUAUGAAGCCAUUUAUCAUGGGGUUCCCAUGGUGGGAAUUCCCAUGUUUGCUGAUCAGUAUGAUAACAUUGUUCACAUGAAGGCCAAAGGAGUGGCUGUGGAAUUGAACAUAAACACAAUGACAAGUGCAGAUUUGCUCAAUGCCUUAAGAACAGUCAUUAAUGAUCCUUCUUAUAAAGAGAAUGUGAUGAAGUUAUCAAAGAUUCACCAUGAUCAACCUGUAAAGCCUCUGGAUCGAGCUGUCUUCUGGAUUGAGUUUGUCAUGCGUCACAAAGGAGCCAAACACCUGCGCCCAGCCUCCCAUGAUCUCACCUGGUUCCAGUACCACUCUGUGGACGUGAUCGGGUUCCUGCUGGCCUGUGCAGUAUCUGCUAUAUUCUUGAUAAUCAAAUGUUGUUUAUUUUUUUGUCAAAUAUUUGGUAAAACAGAAAAGAAGAAAAGGGAAUAGAUCUUUCCAACUUGACAAAGAUCUGAGUGAAAACCCCUGUUUAUCCCUGUACCCCCUUCCUGUUUUCAAAUUUCCCAUUCCCCUUUUUUAGCUGAAAAAAUAAAAGCUUAGAAUUCCACAAGAGCAUUAACUGGUGAGGGUGUCCCGUUCCUCCUUCUUCCAGGCCCAGUUUAUUGUUAGCCUCCUUCUGUCUGCCUGCUUUCUGACACAGGGACAUUAAUAAAUCCCACAGUCCCAUUCAUGAUAUCACUAUUUUAAUUUUAUAACCUUAAGUGAUAUAGUGAUGCUGGAAAGAACAAAAUAUGAGCUGAAUAUCAUGGAUAUAAAGACCUUAGAAUAAUAAUGCAGUUCACGAGUUGCAACAGACUAUAGAAUCAGAGCAGUAGCCUCAAAAAUUAGUUUUCUAUGAAACUAUGAUUUCCUUUUUUAUGAUAUAUUUAUUAUUUUUCUUUUUAAAAUUUAAUUAUUGUUCAAGUACAGUUUUCUGUCUUUUACUCCCAUCCCAGCCUACCCCGGUGCUCCCCACCUCCCUCCCAUUUCUACCCCCCUUAGUUGUUGUCCAUGUGUCCUUUAUACUAGUUCCUGUAAAUCCUUCCCCUUUUCCCCAUGAAAUUCCCUCCCCUCUCCCCUCUGGUCUCUGUCCCUCUGUUCUCUAUUUCGGUGUCUUUGUUUUUAUUCUGCUUGCUUGUUUGCUUUGUUGUUUAGCUUCCUGUUAAAGGUGAGAUCAUAUGGUAUUUGUCUUUUAACACCUGGCCUAUUUCACUCAGCAUAAUGCUUUCCAGUUCCAUCCAUGCUGUUGCAAAGGGCAGGGACUCCAUCUUUCUCUCUGCAACAUAGAAUUCCACUGUGUAUAUGUACCACAAUUUUUUGAUCCAUUCAUUUACUGACGGGCACCUAGGUUGCUUUCAGCUCUUGACUAUUGUAAACUGUGCUGCUAUGAACACUGGGGUGCAUAGGUUCUUUUGGAUUGGUGUUUUAGUGAUUUCUUUUUAAAAUAGAAAUAAGCCUCUCCACUUGCCCAAUGUUAUUAGGAUUACAUCAAAACUGAAAAUAAUAAAAAUGGGACAUUCUGCUUUGGAAUGUUCAAAACAUUUCCAUAAACCUCAGCAUUAGUCUGCUCGGGCACCAUAACAAGAUCCUGAAAAGUCAGUGGCAUAAGCAACAGAAAAAUUUAUUUUUUCAUAAUUCAGGAGGCUACAAGUGCAAGAUCAAGAUAUCAGUAGGGUUGGUAUGGCUUCCCUUCCCAACUGGCGGAAAGCCAUCUUCACCCUUCAUCCUUUCACAGCCUUUUCUCUCUAUACCCAUGGUAAGACAAAGAUGCCUUAUGUUUCUUCCCCUUCUGACAAUGAACAACAGAAGUCUCUUGGGAUUAGAGUCCGCUCUCAUGACAUAAUUCAUUCUUAAAUAUAUUGUUAAAGGCCUAUUCUCCAAACAUAGUCACAUUAGGGGUUAAAGCUUCAAAAUAUAAAUUUGCGACAGGUACACAAUUCAGCCCAUAACAAACUCUAUCAAACCAUUAUGCUUGUUUUCACCUUUAAGGCACAAUUACUUUUUGUGUGCCUUUUAUAUACAAGGAGCAAUUCUGAGCAUUUUCUUAGAUAAUAAAGAUAAUUAACAAAAUGAUUACUUUUUCAGCAAGUGAAGAUGUUGGUACUGUUUUAAAAGUAAGUAUGUUAUUUAGGAGAAAUAAAUUAAAAUUAUAAAAAAAUUGUUUGACUAAUUUUAAUAAGAUUUUUAAAGACCAGUAAAAUUGAUAAUCUUAAAGUUAAAUGUCAAUUCACAAUAAUUAAAAAUUACUAGUAUUCAUAAUUUAAGUAAUAACUCUAUAUAAUCAAAGAAAUGAUUUCCUACAGAAAAAGCCAUAUUCUCUGAUUGUAAAAUCAUUACAAUUUUUUCAAUCUCUAAAGUCUAUAAAUAUAAGUUGAUUAAUUAAUUGCUAUUUAAGAGUAUCAGAUAUUAGAAGACCUGUUAUAUUAAGUAUUUGUCAAUGCAUUACUCUAAUGUAAGGUUAAUAUUCAUAUUUUAAUCAGCUACCCAUUACUUUAAAAAAUAUAUAAAACAUUGCAGUAAGUUUACCAACUCAUAAUCUUUUUUUAAUUUUAUUUAGUGAUUUUUCAAGUACAAUUUUUUUGUCUAUUUCUCCCAUCCCAGCCUCCCCCGCCCUUUGCUCCCCACCUCCCUCCCAUUUCCAUCCCCCUUAGUUCUCGUCCCUGUGUCCUUCCUAUUUGUUCCUCCAAAUCCCUCCCCUUUUUUCCCCUUAAAUUUCCUUCCCUCUCCCCUCUGGUCACUGUCCCUUUGUUCUCUAUUUCAGUGUCUUUGGUUUCUUUCUGCUUGCUUGUUUGUUUUGUUGUUUAGCUUCCUGUUAAAGGUGAGAUCAUAUGUUAUUUGUCUUUCAACACCUGGCCUAUUUCAUUCAGCAUAAUGCUUUCCAGUUCCAUCCAUGCUGUUGCAAAGGGCAGGGACUCCUUCUUUCUCUCUGCUGCAUAGAAUUCCAUUGUGUAUAUGUACCACAAUUUUUUGAUCCAUUUGUUUACUGACGGGCACCUAGGUUGCUUCCAACUCUUGGUUAUUAUAAAUUGUGCUGCUAUGAACAUUGUGGUGCAUAGAUUCUUUGAAAUUGAUGUUUUAGAAUUUUUAGGAUAUAAUCCUAGCAGUGGCUGCUAUUUUGAGAAAGAACAAAGUAGGAGGGAUCACAAUACCUGAUAUCAAACUGUAUUACAAGGCCACUGUAAUCAAAACAGCCUGGUACUGGCAUAAAAACAGGCACAUAGACCAAUGGAUCAGAACGGAGAGCCCAGAAAUAAACCCAACUCUCUACAGUCAAUUAAUAUUCGACAAAGAGGACAGUAACAUAAAAUGGAGUAAAAAUAGCCUCUUCAACAAAUGGUGUUGGGAGAACUGGACAGCUACAUGCAAAAAAAUGAAACUUGAGCACCAACUUACACCAUAUAACAAAAUAAAUUCAAGGUGGAUAAAAGACUUAAAUAUAAGCCAUGAUAUCAUUAAAGUCCUAGAGGAGAACAUCGGCAAGAAAAUCUCAGAUAUUUCACGCAGCAACAUUUUUACUGAUAUGUCCCCUAAAGCAAGGAAUAUAAAGGAAAGAAUAAACAAAUGGGAUCUCAUCAAAAUAAAAAGCUUCUGCAUGGCUAAAGAAAACAGUAUUAAAUUAAAAAGACAACCAACUGUAUGGGAAAACAUAUUUGCCAAUGAUACCUCAGACAAAGGUUUAAUCUCUAAAAUAUACAAAGAACUUACAUGACUCCACUCUAGGAAGACAACCAACCCAAUUAAAAAAUGGGAAAAGGACUUGAACAGACAAUUCUUCAAGGAGGACAUAUAGAACAUCCAGAGAUACAUGAAGAGAUGCUCAAUAUGGUUAGCUACAAAGAGAUGCAAAUUAAAACCACAAUGAGAUACCACUUUACACUGGUCAGGAUGGCUAUCAUAAACAAAGCAACAAACAAAUGUUGGAGAGGUUGUGGGGAAAAGGGGUCCUUAGUUCACUGUUGGUGGGAUUGCAGAUUGGUACAACCAUUAUGGAAAAGAGUAUGGAAUUUUCUCAGAAAAAUAAAAAUCGACCUGCCUUUUGACCCAGCAAUUCCAUCUCAUCUCAAUGACAUAUGUGCUUAAUGUUUUACUUUCCAUGUUUGAUACACAGAGCUGGAAAACAUAGGUUUACAGUUGUUUGUAUGGAAAAUGAUAUAAUAAUUAAUAAACGAUAAUACAAAAACAGCCCUGACUGGUGGGACUCAGUGAGUUGGAUGUCUGGUCAGGGUACAUGCCUAGGUUGUGAACCAGAUUCCCAACUGGUGGCAUGUGAGAGGCAACUGAUCAAUGUUUCUCUCACACACUGAUGUUUUUUUCCCUUUCUUCCUCCCUCCCUUACCCCCUCUCUAAAAAAUAAAUAACUAAAUAAAAUCUUAAAUAAUAAUACAAAAAUAAACUCUAUUUCAUGUACUCACAACUAUAAAUCUACUUUUAUAAUUUUACUGUAUCUUGGAAAGCUAUUUAUAUUUGCUUUCAGGUAGGUCUGUUCUCUGUGAAUAGAAUGUAACAAAUGGCUGAGAUCCCGCGAGAGGUUAUCUGGCAUCCCCUUAGGCUAAGCCUUUCAUAUACACUUAGGCAUCCUUUGAACUCUGAGACUGGCCAUCAUGGCACAAAAUUAUUUUUUGCUGCCCCUCAAUGGCUGUUGUUCAUAUUCCUCUCCUUUUGAAUUCAGUUAAAAAAUCACACUUGAUUUGGCCUUGUACCUCCUAUUUUUGCCAACAAAUUAAGUCUGUCACAGAAAGAAUAAAAAAAGCUUCUUUUGCUAUGCACUAAGUUUGAAAUGCCAAUGAGAAGUUCCCCCAGAUCAUGUGUAGAAUUUAGAAAAGCACUCUAGUCUAGAAAUAUAAUAUUGGAUAUUCAUAAAAUUGAAUUGGAUAUUCACAUAAGUAGUCUACUAUGGGACUGGAUGAAAUGAUAUGUUAAGAGAAAUUAAGAAGGUCUGCCUGUUAAUUAUGGAGUAAAUAGGUAUUUACUCAAGAUAACUCAACUAUAAAGACAUUAGCCUGUGACUACUCCCAAAAAUGUUGGCAUGGCCAAAGGAAUAAACAAGAGGUGAUAGGUGUCCAGGUGAAACUCUCUAUCAAUCACAGUGUAGAAAGGACAAGGAGAAAUAAUAUUAUAAUUAAAUCUCAGGAAAAAAAUCACAUCACAAACAGAGGAUCAUAGAGGGACACAGUUACCACUAGGGAAGUCAGGCCUAACCAGCAGAGUAGGAAAGAUAGUUCCUGAUUUCUUUCCUUCUGCUGUGAUUGUCAAUAGGCCUCUCCUAUGGUUGAAUCUCAUUAAACCAAGCUCGUAAACCCCCUGGGUGUUAUAAACAGCAUUAGCCAGAGACCCUGGAGCAAACAGCAGGAUGAAAAAGGAUGAGAAUGGACUACCCUCAGCAGUCAUUCUUACAUUUGUCCAUAUGAGAAAACUCUAUGUAUAACAAUAUUUUUCCAUAGCCUUUACAGUCCCAGCUCCUAGAUCUGCACAACAGGCGAUAGUUAAUAACUUAAUAUUUUUCUUCCACAACAUUUUAUUCACCCUUUGUCCUUGGCAGCUCCUCCCCUGCUCAACAAACAACUGUGCAAACCCUUUUUCAUUGCUGGUGGGAAUGUAGAUUGGUGCAGCCACUGUGAAAAGCAGUAUGGAGAUACCUCAAAAAAUUAUGGAUCUGCCUCUUGACCCAGCAUACACACUUCUGGGAAUAUAUCCAAAGAAACCCAAAACACUCAUUUGAAAGAACACAAUCACUCAUUUGAAAGAACGUAAACACCUCUAUGUUCAUUGCAGCAUUAUUUACCAUUGCCAAGAUUACUACUCAGCUGUAAAAAAAAAGAAAACUUUACCCCUUGAGAGAGCAUGGAUGGACCCAGAGAACAUUAUGCUAAGUCAAAUAAGCCAGUCAGAGAAAGACAAAUAUCAUAUGAUUUCAUUCAUAUGUAGAAUCUAAUGAACAAACUGAAUCUAUUGAAUCAAUAGAUUCAGUUUGUUCAUUAGAUUCAGUUGGUUCAGAAUCUACUGAACUAACAAGCAAAAUAAAGACACACUCACUGAGAAUAAGAUGUGAGUUAUGGGGGCAGGCCAGGAGGUGAAGGGAUUAAGCAGAAAAGAAAAAGAUCUGUGGACAUGAACAACAGGGUGGUGAUUCUUGAGAGGAGGAGGGGAUGAGGGGAAUGAAUGGUAAUGGAAAAUACAAUAAAUUAAUUGAUGUGUAAAAAAAUAUUUGGAUUUCUUCUCAGCUAAUCCCUUGUAAUAGAUGGGUUUGGCUUUUCUAGAUAACAUUGAUUACUAACAUUAUAUAAAUUUCAGAUGUACAACAUUAUAAUUUUGUAUUUGUGUAUUCUAUUACACAGAUAUAAAAAGAUACACCAAAACUCUAGUUUCCAUCUGUUACCUUAUUUUUGUCCCCCUUUACCAUUUUGCCCUGCCCUACCCCUUACCUCUGGUAAUUACUAUUGUUUGUACCACGACUUUGUUUUUGUGUUAUUAUGACAUUCAUUACUUUUUGUUUUAUCUUUCACAUAUGAAUGAAACCAUGAAGAUUUUA